CACCUCCUAUCUGUCCUUAAACAAAGCGGGCACUGCUUCAUGUGGCAACAGCAACACUCACCUCAAUAGCCCAUAUGCCACUGGGUGAGAGAAGUUUUCAUUAUUUUUGGGCAGCAUAAUGUGAGGUGUUAUUAUGUGUUCUUACCGAUGAUGAUGAGCCAAUUUAGUUAGGAAUAUGCCACCCUCGUCAAUCUGUCACCUAAUCCUGUCUAAUGGGCAGGCCAGCCCUGGAUUAAAGUAUUGGCUGUAAGAAGGAAGAGAAAACAUAACAUCUGAUUGUUUUAAAAUGACUUCUUAUGACAUUGCUUGCCAGAAUAAACAUUGUAAUUAAUAUUUUUUCCAAACUGCGUUACCCACUCCAGUCAGCAGAUGGCGAUAUGAGUAUUUCAGGUGAUGCUUCUUGCGUGACGUACAAUCUAGUGGACGGGCGGGAGGCUUCUUCAACAACGACAAAAGGCUUCUUUUUCCACCAACGUGGUGGUUUGCUAGCGAACAUUAAACCGAAACAUUGAAGCGUUUAAGACAAAUCUUAUGUAUAUUACUCUUUGUGUUUUAAACACAAUUCUGUUUACCUAUCUACUAGUUCAUUGAAACGUAGAUUGCUUGUUAAAUUAGCUAAUGUGGUACAUUUAUACUGCACUAAGCUAAUCGCCCGGAACAUGAGCUCACUAAACUCGACGGAGAAAGAAGCUCUGGUGAGAGGAGAGGAAGAAGCUUUCAGGAUGAAAAGGGAGGAAGAGGAGGCUAUCACGUUGAAAGAAGAAGAGGAUGAUAUUACAGUGAAAGAGGAAUAUGGGACAGAGGUUGUGGAAGAGGAGGAGGUGGUAGAAGCUUUCAGAAUCAAAAAGGAGGAAGAUGCCGUAAUUUUGAAAGAAGAGGAAGAACCUUUUGGAGUAAAAGAGGAAGAGGAGGCUAUCUCAAUUAAAGUGGAGGAGGAAGACGUUUUGGGAGUGAAAAAGGAUGAGGCUGAAGAUUCGAGUAAGACCAGAGAGACACAUGACUAUCGUGGAUCCUCUGGGGAGCUUCAACAACAUGCUGACGAGGCAGAGGAGAGUCUCUCCAGAUCUGAACACCAGACGGUACAGCUUUGGUCUGGUCUAGCAUACAGCUUUGGUCUGGUCUAGCAUACAGCUUUGGUUUGGUCUAGCA